UCGACCCGCCCAUCACUAGUUGAAAGUAAAUAGUGGAAGCGUUGUUCAUGAGUCAUAGGGGACGUACACAUGAAGGCUUAUGAGGCGUAAACAAAAGUCGAAGUCAUACAAAUUUUCAAAAAAAAAUGGAUCCUGCCCUGGACGCGUCCACAAAUCACGAAGCGAAAGAGGAUUGGGAAAAUAUACCUACGACCUUUGCAGCAGUGACAAAGGAUUCGGAAAUUAUAUCUGCGAUCAUAGAGGCGUUCUUCACGUUUUGUUUGUUUCUAGAUACACACUCACGCACACACACGCACACUGUAAUACACCCCCGGACCACACGCGCAACGCAACACCGAAUGUCAUCAUACAUCCCCUUCCGAUCGGCGUCAUCGGCUUACUCGCACGUGGUAAAAGUGGUCACAAACCGUAUCAUGUACAUAUGUACGCAUCGGCAUGACGCAACAAACCAUAAGAUUGUGCAUAGUAUAUAGAAAUUGUCCGUAUCGCCGCCCAACAGACGAUUGCAUCUCUUCGUCGCAAGUGCCGGUGAUCAACAACAGCUCGCAAACACACAUCAGCUAGGCCUGACAACAUCGCGGGAACUGCGAUAAGGCACGGUGCCUGACGUUUCGUCGUCGUCGUCGUCGGCUGACCGCGUUAUCAAUCACACAUUGUGUUUGCGUUCAUGCUCAACGACGAAACGGCUGUCCCAGGGACCUAGUGGUCAACAGAUUUGGCCAUUACGGGGUAUUAGUGUUUAAUUAUCUCGAUGUUAGCAACAGGUUCCAGGCGUUGCGGUACAGUGCUCCAGUGGUGAAGAGCUAUCGAACGUGUUCCGAUUGGUGAAGGAGUGCGUACUAUCGCAAACAAAAAACACACGUUCAACUGCCUCUAAUUGAUGUCUCUAAAACCGCGUAAGGUGUAGCUGCCUGUCGGUUUUGGAUUCCCUUUUAGACGAGUGGUUUAUUGUUUAUAUUGCUAUUAUUAGUUUUUUAAAAUAUAUUUCCAAAAACGUACCGGCCGGACCCGUAACAAUGCACAGCAAAGGUGAAACAAACAGUUUGAAAACUGGAGUAAUUGAUUUCACUGCCGGAUGUGUAGGUGGUGUCGCGCUCGUAUAUGUCAGCCAGCCGAUGGAUACGGUUAAGGUGAAGAUGCAAACCUUCCCCGAACUGUACAAAGGUCUAGUCAACUGCACCGUGCUAACGUUCAAGCGGGACGGUAUCGUGCGCGGCCUGUACGCCGGUACACUACCCGCCGUCGUUGCUAAUGUGGCAGAAAAUUCAGUAUUAUUUGCUGCGUACGGUGCAUGCCAGCGGGCGGUUGGCACCGUCAUGCACAAACCAUCGAUAGCGGAGCUGUCCACGCUCGAAAAUGCGACCGCUGGUUUUUUGGCCGCAUUUUUCUCCUCCUUUACGCUGUGCCCGACCGAGCUCAUUAAGUGUAAGUUGCAGGCGUUGCGCGAAACCGCCGGCACGGAUGGUAAGCGCCGGCCGACCAUAUCAUCAUACGCGCUCGCCAGUCAAAUACUACGCACGGAAGGGAUCGCGGGCAUGUUCCGUGGGCUAACGUCCACGUUUGCGCGUGAAAUGCCCGGUUACUUCUUUUUCUUUGGCGGGUAUGAGCAUACGCGCGAGUUUUUUACCCGCCCGGGACAGUCGAAGGACGAUAUUGGGCCGCUGCGUACGAUGGUGGCCGGUGCGGUCGGUGGUGUCGCCCUGUGGACCGUCAUCUUUCCGGCGGAUGUGAUCAAGAGCCGCAUCCAGGUGCACAGUAUGCGGGCGAGCAUGACGCAGGUCGGGUUGGACAUUUUCCGCAAGGAGGGUGUGCUGGCAUUCUACAACGGGCUGUUGCCCACGAUCGUGCGAACCAUUCCUGCCACGGCCGUACUGUUCGUAGCGUACGAGUAUACAAAGAAAGCGUUAACGAAGCUGUUAGAGUAGGAUUAAUGGGUGCCUGUGUACCACGUUUCACACCUUCAAAUAAGAAUAGAUCGUACGUAAGAGA